AUGGAAAGCCUUACAAAAAGUGUUGUUUCGAUUUCAGAAAAUGUUUUAAAACUUCUAAACUUAAAGUUGGUAAAAAAGUCGAGUGAUGGAAGUUGCAUUGCUUUUGAAGACUUUUUUCCAAGUGAUAAAAUAGCGAAUUUACUUGGAUAUACAUUUUUACCCAACCGUGGAACUAAAACAAGAAGAUUUGCUAGAUUUUUCAGCGAUUUAGCUCAAAUUUCAUUCAUCUUAACUAUGUUUUUAUUUAUUUAUUCUCUAAUUUUAUCAUUUCAAAGUAAAACAAUCGAUCGAAUGAUUGAAAAUAUUUUAUUUACGGGAGUGAAUAGUGUUAUAAUAGUUAAAACCUUCUUAAUAUUCAAUAAGAACUUACCAAAAAUCGAGGAAAAUCUGAGACUUUUAGAAAAACAUUUUCCAAACUCGAAAGCUAAUCAAGCAACUUAUAAAGUCAACGAUUACCUUCAAGGAAUGAAUAGAUUCUGUAAAUUUUAUCAAGCGCUAUUUCAUGCAGUCACUCUGCAUUUUAUCUUCAUGCCAAUUAUAUAUCAAAUCUAUGGAGCUUUAUUGUCAGUGGAUACAGAAUGGAAGCACAUUUUCUCAUUAGAUCUACCAUUUAAUCAGCUUCAGUCAGUUGUCUAUGAAUUAAUUUACAUUAUAGAAGCUUGGCAAAUUGUCACAGCAAUACAGUUCAUUGUAUCGACUGACUUAUUGUUUAUUAAUCUUUUUCAAAUCACUGCUAUGGAGUUGAGUAUUCUGGGAGAGAAAUUAAGUGAAAUCGGCCUGAUCAAAAAUGAAGCAGAAGCCAUUAAGGAAAUGAGAAAUCUUGUGGACGUCCAUAAACAAUUGAUCGAAGUCUCAGAAAACGUUAGUGACUUAUUUGCUCCAUUAAUGCUCUGCAAUUCGUUUUGUUCAAUUACAUCCUUAUGUACAGCUAGUUUUUUAGUUGUGGUUGGUCAAGCUGAAUUUUUUUAA